AUGAUGCUAUGGAUCUUUUGCUACUUGCUUAUGUUGUCUUAUGGUGGAUAUUUUGUUUGAGGACCAGGACACUUUUAUGAAAGCAAGUUUAGUUGAUUCUGCACUUUUAUCUUGUAUUGGUUAGUGUAUUGUGUCAUAUGAACAAAUUUCUGGAACAUGUCCAGCUUUAAUGGAGUCAGUCAUGCAAUACAGUGGGUAAUAUCCUCAUAAUACAAGGUUAUUAAAUAUGCUGAUUAAAUCAGAGGUGUGAAAUAUUUUAGUGAGUCAAACUGGGAGUGUAUAAUAGUAUCCAACUUGAUAGAUAUUUGCCCUUGUUUUACAGUAGAGGGAUCCGUCACAUUCAGAUGAGUUCACCUGACCAUUUGCACUGUAAACAAUUUUUGGCAUGAGUUGGGUGAGUGGGGAGGUUGAAGAACUUCAAUUAAUAAUCAUGAACUUUAUUUCUUAAUCCAAAAGUUUCGAAAAUGUUUUUUAUGGUUCAGGAAACUAUGUGAAUUACAACGAGGUGUACCAUGAUAGAGAUAUCUUUGUGGAAGACUAUAAGGAAAUGAAUAGGAGCUUUAAGAUAUAUGUUUAUCCUCACAGACGAAAUGAUCCUUUUGCAAACGUGCUGUUGCCAGUGGGUUCCAAACCUGGGGGUAAUUAUGCUAGUGAAAGUUACUUUAAGAAGGUUCUUAUGAGAAGCCAUUUCAUUACAAAAGAUCCAACCAAGGCAGAUCUUUUCUUUCUGCCUUUUUCAAUUGCGAGGUUGCGGCAUGACCCUAGAAUUGGUGUAAGAGCAAUGGAUAAAGCAAAUGAAGUGAAAUUCAAUGCAAUUCAAGUUAUGUGUUCUUCUACCUAUUUCCAACCUGGGUACAUUGCUCACAAAGAUGCAUGCCUGCCACAAAUUUGGCCAAGACAAGGAGUCCUCCCUAAUCUUUCUCAUCAAACAGGUGUCACUAGGAAAAAAAGAAAUUGACGAUAGAGAUGGUGCCCACUGAUUCUGCUGAUUCACUUAAAGAGCUGAUCAUUGACAUUCCACUAGUGAGCCUGCCCAAUGGCCCGAGUGUUGCAUCUAUAGGGCUCCUAAGCGGCUUUGCCAGAUAAAUAAAGGAACCACACUCCAAAGCUAAUCUCAAUAGGACUUAUUCACCACGGGGAAGAUGAACUGAAGGAUAUGGAAAUGCUGAAAGUGAGAUACUUAAAGGAAUUCUGUUAUCGGUUUGGGAAAUGCCAAAAGGAUCUUGCAAGUAUCAUUGAAGAAAACGAAGUAAAGAUUUGCCAUUGUUACGCAGAGGCCUCUAAACUCAACAGUGAAGAUUUUGUGAAAAUGGUUCUAUUGGAUGCCACCUUUAUCAUUGAGCAUUUCUUGAGAGCUGUUGCUGGAGGAGAAUAUGAAAACGAUUGCAUAUCAAGUAAACUAUGGUUGAAUAGGCAUAUACUUCAAGACUUGCUAUUACUUGAGAAUCGACUUUCAUUUUUUAUUCUCAAGGAGUUACAUAAUCAAUUU